CCAAACCCUCGACUCAGUUCAAGGAAAUUGCUUCUGUUAGCACAGACUUGCUGGCCCGCCUUUGUAGAAUGAUUGGUACAGUGCACACGCUGGUACCUGUGUCCUCUACAGUCGACAAUCUGCUUUAAAGAGGCAAUGAAGGACAUACUCGUACUACUGCUUCUGCUGAAUGUCCAAACUGCCAAGAUCUGCGCUCUGCCGUAUCAGGCCAACUCAGAUGGAAGGUGUGCUGACCCGGACAAAGAGUACAUGCCAGAUGAUUUUCACCUGUGCUGUAAGAAAUGCCCCCCUGGAAAUCGGAUAAAACAUGAAUGCAAUGAAACUACUGACACCGAGUGUGAACCAUGUCCAAAAGGCCAGCACAUGGAGAAUUGGAACUACGCUAUAAACUGCUUCACCUGUCCUCCAUGCAGAAGAGACAAAGGUCUGCGGGAGGUUCAGAGCUGCUCCUCUACCAUGAGGUCGAGGUGUGAGUGCCUGCCUGGGAUGUACUGCGAGAUAGAUGCUGACGACUGCACAGCAUGUACCAGGCACAGGCAAUGCAGGGCUGGUUAUGGAGUGUCUGUGCAAGGGACAGGAAACUCAAAUGUGAGGUGUGAACGGUGCCACAGAGGGACGUUCUCUAACAGAACCUCCUCCACGGACCCCUGUUGGCCUCACACAGACUGUCAUGGAAGGGCUGUCGUUAGACAGGGCGACGCUACCUCGGACACAGUGUGUGAACCUAACCUAACCUUAAGAUCUACUGUGCAAAUCUCAACAAAAAAGCCUCGCAUUGAGACCAAGUUCUCAACUGCAAGUAUGGUGAUGAGCACAGUCUUUGCAACCUCAGCCCCCGAAGUGCUGCGUGGUCUGACACUGUCAGUAGACACCCUGCCUAUUUCAGAGGCAGUGUUCAACCAUUCGACAAAAAGCCCGCCACCAGGCACGGUAUCUGACAGUACACUGGCUGCAGUCAUUUCAGGUGUCGUUGGAUUAAUACUUCUUUUCAUCGUUAUCAUCCUGCUGGUCCUUUGUAAACCAAUCUGGAAGAAAGACGCUGCGAGAUUUAUUCCUAAAGUAGAUGCAAAUGGAAAUUGUGAGAGUGGUGAUAAAACCAAUCAGGGUUAUUUGGGGGAAACACAGCUGACUUCAUUCACAGAAACCUCACCAGAACAACAGUGUCUGCUGCAGAAUGGGGAGCCCUGCAGCGACCACAGUCAGAGCAGCAGCAACACCGAAACUUCAACUAGGACGGACGGCUGCAGCAGCCAGGAGUCCAUCGGCCCUUUGCAAUCCACCAUGAAUCUUCACAACCCACUCUCUGCACUGUCGGAGCCCAUGCCUUUAAUCUCCAACACAGAGCCCAUCACCCCGCAGCCCAGCGUCCCCACACAGUCCUCCUCACAGUCCUCCUCACAGUCCUCCUCACUGUCCUCCUCACAGUCCUCCUCUCAGCCCACCAGCCCACAGGUCAUCAGCCCUGUCACCACCAGUCCUCAUGUCAACGUCAGCAUCACUUUUAACAUAGGAAAUGGGUCUUGUGGGACACCGCCCACAGACUUGAUGCAGGUUGACUCUAAACUCCCAUUUGGAAAGGAAGAGGAGUCGUUUAGCAUCCCACAGCAGGAAGCUGGCAAACAAUCGCUGAUGUCAGUGCAGGAGAGUGACAGUUACGGUGCAUGAAGACCACCAGCAUCAAAGACUGAUAAAUCCAUUUUUUUUCUGUCAUGAAACAACAUUGAAAAUAAUCGUCCUGGCCACAAGAUGCACUCGUGGGUAUAUUGCACGUUUUCUACGAGCUCAACAAGACAAGCUUAAACCUUCAUUCUGUUUCCAUAUCAAACUUAUUAACUGACGCUAUGUGUUUAUAUGUAAAUAGUAAAUAAAGAUGUUGGAUUAUGCUUUCAGUGGUAUAGAUUUAAUACAUUAUCAUACUUAAAGGUUUUAUAUUGAAGUUAAUGGUGGCUGAAGUGUUUACUUUUACUAAAAAUAAAUAUCUAAAAUGUAGUGAUACUCUAUUCUGCACUAAUAAUUUCACUUAAAAGUACAGGUGUAUAAAGAGUUUAAUUUACUUAUUAUCAAAAGUAAAAGUACUCAUUAGGCAGUAGAAAAGCUGUCAGUGUUAUAUGAUGUUUGUGUUAGAUUGUUACUACUGGUGCAGCUCUGUAAGCAGCGCUUUGACACUGUAUCUGGUCACGGUUGGAACUAAUUUUAACGGCUUUAAGUAUACUUGUGGAUAGUUUCAUUUUUAACAUUGCAUUGUAUUUUUUUUUAGGAAAUAAUAUAUUUCUUACACAAAAUCCUAAUGUGCAAAGUGACUACAGUUUUACAAAAAUGUGGUGGAGUAAAAUGUACAAUCAAUAGAGUAGAAAUACCCAAGUAAAUUACAAGUAUGACAAAUUUGUACUUGGUAAAUGUACAUUUUCCGAGACUGAUGUUAAUGUAGUUGUAUAAAAAACAUGUAGAUUAUGUGAUUCUAAACUGGUGUCAUAUGUGCAUGAGCGGAUAAUGAAACAAUGGGCCCACAGACAUGCUCAAGGCUCCACCACCUCUCCCUCACAGGAGCAUAACACACAGAUUUUAAACCUCUUUAUGUUUUCAUUAUGCACCUGUGGUUUUGUGCCUCUGUUUUUUGUGUCUGCGGUUGCUUUUGUGCCCUUUUUGGAGUCAUUUUGAGUCUCUUUGUAGUUGCUUUCCAUCUGAAGUCAUUUUUAUUCUCCUUGUAACUGCUUCACAUCUCUUUACAAUCUCUUUAAAGUCUUUGUAGUCAUUUUGAGUUUUUAUUUUAUAACUGCUUGACACCACUUUGUAGUCAUUUCAAAUCUCUGUAGUCAUUUGAAUUUCUUUGUAGUUUCUUUGUGUCACUCUAGUCAUA